CCAUACUUAUUUGGAAGUCAACAAUCCCUUUGUCCUUCAAAGAACGCCAGUCGCCCAACAAUCGCAGGGAAGAGAAUACCACAUCGACCCCCUACACAAAGAGAGGCCUCGGAAUCCCUGCUUCCCAGCAUUCUGCUAGUUCCACCCUCAAAAUCACAGACCCCGCGGUUAUUUUACAAGGCUGAAUCUGGGCGAGGGACAUUCAAAGGACAUAUGCUCUCAAGCCAUUGCUCCGAUAUCCGUGGGAACUGUGUCAGGAUCUCCGGAUUUUUGGGAAACGAUGUAAGUCGUCUAUGAGAGCGAGAUUCUGGGCUCUUCAAAAUACCCCUCCCCCCCCCUCGCAAUAAUGCGGGGUUCGGUAUGGUGGUACCCUUUCGCUUUCGACAUUCGGGGACGUCGAUGGCCAGCAAAAUACUACUCUUCAACUCACCCGAAGCGCCUAUACAUUUCCAAUCUACAUGCCAAGUCUGGUCUUCUACUACUAAUUACGUUUCAACCCCGCCAUCGAUCGAUCAUACAGAUCUCGUGGGCAAUUGCUUUCCGAUUCGCAAAUAGCUCCAAUCCAGCAAUGUCCCAACAAGCGACCCUACAUUCGAACUCCGCGGGUCGCGGUGUAAGUCUUAACGAUCUCUGGAGGGCGGAUUUGCCUGUAAAUGCAACCGCCUCUAUGAUUGCGGAGUCUACGCUGUCUAAGGUUACCUCCCGCCUCAAGCGAGAGCGACUAGGCCGCUGGAAGACGGAGCGCCGCUCACAGCUGCUGUUGCGACAAACAUCAUUCCGAGUCAAUUUACGAUUCUGACGAUCUAGAUUACUAUUUGCGAUCUUCUCAGUCAUGCUUUCAAUUUCAUCAACCAAAACGACUCGGUCAAACAAUCA